AUGUCGAGCAAUUUGCUAACGUUUCUGUUCCGGAACGGCCCCGAGGCCGGCACGAUAACCUUUUCCGCCGCGGCGGAUGCGGCGGGCGGCGGCGAGACGUCGUCGUUGCCCCCCGGCUCUUUCGAGGCGGUGCUUUUCGCGGUCCAGGCCGGCAUGCGCGCCGCGGCGGAUGCGGCGGGCAGCGACGAGACGGCGGAGCCCGACGAGACGGCGGAGCCCGACGAGACCUUCGAGGCGCUGCUCCUCGCGGCCCAAAACGUCGGGAACGCGGAUUCGUGGUGGUACUGGCAGGAGGGCAUGAACGCGCGCCUGCUGCGGCUGACCAGGGGCCUUACCGUUUACCUCGAGCAGGACCCGGGCCGGGUCGGCCCCCUCUUCGGGGGCCCCGAGCCCGCCGUCGCCCUCAUCCAGCGGCUGAUUAGCGCCAUCCCCGCCGCCGCCGCCGGCGAGGAGGGUCAGGGUCAGGGUCAGGGUCCUGGGCCCGCCGUCGACCUCCUCACGGAGCUCAAGGGCACCCUGCUCGCCCUCGAGGCCGCGUCGCUCGCCCUCUUCGCUCGGGAGGCGGACUCGACGCUGGGCCAGGUGAUCCGCAGCCUCGUAGCGGCCGCCCACACGGCCGCUGGCGUCAACCAUGUCGCGUACCUGCCGCUGAUGUGGUCGCCCAUCGCGGUCGGCGUCGAGGUCAACGCCAGCGAGGAGGAGGGCUGGCGCCGCCUCGGCGUCUUCACGGCGGCCUGGCACCGCCGCAUGCGCCACAUCAUGUUGCAGAUGCCCCACACGCGGGGCGAGAGGGUGGUGACGCUGCCGUUGCUGCUCAUCGUCGGCCACGACUGGCGGUUGGGCUUUGCCGUCGACGCAGGCGGCAGAAUCGACAUCUUCACCUGCAUGCGUGUAGGUGGGACCGACAGCAUCGCCGGCAUCUACAUGAUCGCCGCGGUGCUUCGGCACCUCGCCGGAUGGGUGGCCGGACCCUUCCGGGAGUGGAUCACGAUGGUGUUCGCUCCCCGCCAAGCUUCGCCCUACUUCGCAUAG